AUGCUUGGUUUAGAAAUGGUUAGCUUCAAUGCUGAUGAUGGUUACCCAGAAGCCAUUAUCAGAUCACUAAGAAAGGGAUUCUUGAAGGAAGAAACUUACAACUAAUUGAAAGCCUGCAGCAACCUCAAUGAAUUCAAAUUGGUUCUCGAGGAUACUGAUUAUGGCUCCUAUAUUGUUAACGAGGCUAAUCCAAUUGAAAUUGUUGUUCUCAAAAAGAAAUGCAAGGAAAAGCUUAUGAGCGAAAUCACUCAUCUCAUUGGCCAAAGUACUCAACCAUUGACAGGGUUCUUACAAAUGAUGCUUCAUGGAUAUCAGAUUGAAAAUGUCGUCGGAGUUAUUGAGGGAGUUAAGAAUGAUCAACCACUUGAGCUUCUGUUAAAGGGUCUUGACCCUCUAGGUUACUUCCCUGAAUUGAAAAACAUCAGAACUGUUGAAGGUGAUGAUUACGCUACUCUCUAUCAAUAAGUCUUGGUCGAUCUUCCAAUUGGAAAUUACUUCAGAAAGUUCUUGGAGGUGUGCAUUGGAUCUAUCGGAAAUGAUGGCGCAAUUAAGAAGGACGCCAGAUUCAUCUCUGAUUUAAUGAAAGACUACAAGGCAGAGAAGAUCAAGAACAUGCUUAAGAAAAUCUGGAUCGGAGAGUUCCACAGAUAUUGUAUGCAACUACCAGACGUUAGCAGACAAGUUAUGGACGAUCUACUUAAGUUCGAGUCAGAUUGUAUGACCAUCCAAAUUAUUUUCAACUCAAUCGAUAUCAAGGGACUAUCUGAUGCAAGAGGUAGAGAGGGCGAGAGAAGAAAGUAUAUUAACAACUUAGGUAAAUUAUUUAUAAAUCUCAUUUCAAUUAUAGGUUAUUUAUACCCAGAUAGAGAUAGAGAGCUUACUGAGGCUGACAACUUUGAUAAGUUGAAGGAUGCUUGCAAAGGAUUCGAAUAUGAAAGAAUGCUUUAAUAGGUUUCAGACAUACCAUCAAGCAAAUAAGGUGGAGAUUUCGGUGGAAAAAAUGAUGGUGGUGCCAACCAAUACGCUUCAACUAUGUCAAUCGAUGAUGUUAUGUUCACUGAAAAAUCAAAGAGAUAUUCAAUGGCAUUUGAAAACCAGUUCCAUUAUGGUGUGUUCUAUGCCUAUCUUAAGCUUAGAGAGAUGGAAAUUAAGAAUAUCGUCUGGCUUGCUGAGCUUGUUUCAAUUGGUGUUCCAAGACAAAUGCCAGGAUGGUCAAAGUUCGUAGUUCCCUUCAAGUACCAUAAAGAAGAAGUUCAACAAAACUGA